CAUCCAGUUGGCUUUGGUCAGUUUUCUUCAAGAAGUUCCACGGUGACGACGAAACGCGAUCGUCGAGUUUUUUUAGCCACGGUUCUAUCGAGUUUUGUGCACGUUGUGCCAAAUUUUGUGGACUUGUUUGACAGUGUUUGAUCGUUGGGGAAUUUGGGCUACUGGAAUAAAUGGCUGUUUCUACUCUCAAUAUGGCACCUUACUUCACUGGAUACCCUUUCCAAGGCCAGGGCCGCGUUAAUCAACUUGGCGGGGUGUUCAUCAACGGACGGCCUUUGCCCAACCACCUCAGAUUGAAGAUUGUCGAAAUGGCGGCGGCGGGAAUUAGGCCUUGCGUCAUUUCGAGGCAGCUGAGGGUUUCGCACGGAUGCGUUUCGAAAAUUUUGAAUCGCUAUCAGGAGACCGGCAGCAUCAGACCUGGAGUCAUCGGGGGAUCGAAACCGAGAGUGGCCACGUUGGAAGUGGAAGCGAGGAUAGAGCAGCUGAAGAAGGAAGAGCCUCAAAUAUUUGCUUGGGAGAUUAGAGAAAGACUUAUUAAGGAAGGAAUUUGCGACAAGAACUCCGCUCCAUCCGUGAGUUCCAUCAGCCGACUGUUGCGUGGAGGCAGAAAAGAAGAUCCCGACAGAAAGAACCAUUCGAUCGAAGGUAUUCUUGGGCAAAAUUCUGAUUGCGAAGAAAGCGACACAGAAUCGGAGCCGGGAAUACCGCUCAAAAGAAAGCAAAGGCGUUCCAGGACGACUUUCACCGGCGAACAACUCGAAGCUUUGGAACGAGCUUUCGGCCGCACGCAAUAUCCAGAUGUCUACACAAGAGAAGAAUUAGCGCAGAAAACAAAGUUGACUGAAGCUAGAGUGCAAGUGUGGUUCUCAAAUCGCAGGGCGCGUUUGCGAAAACAGUUGAAUUCGCAGCAACUCAACCCUUUCAAUUCCAUGUCGUUGCCGUCAGCGUUUCCGGUGCAGCACCAGUACGGGGAUCCUGCUUUUAAUCAAAGCACUUGGGCGCAGCAGAGCUACGCGUCAGCAGCGCUAAGCGGUAGCGCGCUACCCCACAGCGCGCUGGCCGCGUCCGGCACCAGCUUGGGCGCGACAAGUACCAGCGGUACCACGUCAACCCCCAACACCCUGUACAACAGCUACAACUCCAGCAGCAGUCUCGAGCAGAGUAAUGUACUCAACAGCGCCGCAAAUCAAUUCGGUUACAACAUGACCCAAGUCUCGCCCAAUCAACACAGCGUCUCGCCGGUUCAACAAAGCGCCGUGUGGACGAGGCACGCUCAAAACAAUAAAGUCGCCGAGAAUCUGAGCACCUGGCACGAGAAUUAUAGCCUCUUCGCUGGUAGCCAUUAUGGGGCCCAUUCGCCCGGCGAAGCCAAAUCAGGAUACCCAUAUUUAGGCACCAUGGAUAUGUGUGCAAGUCGCGUGCACUGAAGAAAAUUUUCUUCACGUCAUCACAUUCACUUGGCCACAUUGCAUCACGCUCUUGCUAAACUUGUACAGAUAAAUUAAGUGCUUGAUUUUAUUUACGUGUAUUUAUUUCAAACUGCACCUGGUACUAUUAGUUCUAAUCAUUGUACAUACUUGUGUAAAAGAUAAGGCUCAUAAAUUUAGUUAAUAUCGGCUGCUAAGCUUUUAGACUUUUAAAGUUAUCAAUAAGCUCCGUCUAUGAAUUUUC